UGAAACGAGUCACAAAACCGACAAAAGUAGUUACUCGAGGUAAAGGAUUUGAAAUCUUUUUGGACCCCUUUCAAUAAAUACUGUUCAUUAUUUGUUCCUGUGGCGGCUAAAACAAGGUAAGCUAAACACGAUUUUUUUUUUCGUGUUUCCGAGCGCGUACAUGGAAAAUUAGGGUGCUUUUAGUUCGUUAGAUGCCUCCAGUUGUCGCGGUGAAUGAGUUCCGGUAUUACAAAGCCAACAGUUUUCGGCCGUAUGUUCGCAGUGAACUGGCGGUGUAUGUCUUAAUUCAGUUAUUCAUCCGUUCAGUUCGCGUGGGAGACUCACAUUUUGCAGAUUUCGGGGUUAUUUUUCUCUGUAACUGUUGACUUUUUUGUGUUUUCUUGUUCUCGCUUUGGCUCACUGCGUGUUUAAUUUGAGUGCAAAUUAAUGAAGUUUCCUGCUGCAUGCAUGAUUCAGUGAAUGCAAAUCAUUGAAUCGAUCCAAAGUAUUCUCCUAUUUCUAGCGACCGUCUCUGCCUGAAAGGGGCUGCUUAUAGCAUUCACACGGUCGCACAUGCAUGCACAGCGAUAUGACUCCUUGAAACCAUAACAUCGCGAAAAGCAAUUUCCUUGGUGUAAGUGAAACAAUAUUUGACUGAGCGAGGCUUUUAUAUUUGGGAAAUUACCCGAGGUUUUAUACACAGUUAUUAUAUCGAUUCAAGCACUUAAACGGUUUGAGAGUGUUUUUAUUUAGGAAAAAAUAAUAGAAAUAGCUUGGCAUUCGUUUUAAACGAACGGCUCAUAUUUAAAUCAGGAGAAAGGUUUUUGAAAUUAUUAAAGAAUUGUAUACUACAGUAUGACUGUGUUCUAGCUUUUAACUCUUAUGUUAUCACAUGAAAUUACUACUUCAAAAGUCACCCAAAUGCUGAGUCCAUGCUGCGUGCCUCUAAUGUGAGUCUUAGCAUUUAUGCCACGUUUCUUACCACAACAAAACGUCAGAUCCACAGUAAACUCUUCAUUCUUAUCACUCUGUUGCAUUACCUGAAGGUAUUUGAUUCACUGUACCACAGCUGGCAAAUUUAUAGUGACCAAAAUAUUUUGUGCAAGGAGGGCAUUUUGUGCCAAGUUGUUUUGACAAAAUCGUCACAUGGGAAGGAGCACCCAGGAAAAAAAUCUCUCAGUCUUUAGAUAGUGCCUAUUCAAUAUUCACAAUAUUUCAUCAGUAAAUGGUUUGAACCAAGAAGCUAUUUGCCCAGCAGGUUAAAAUAAUAUGGUUGUUUGAGUGAGUGUAGUCUGAAAAGGACUCUUUGUAAGGGUAACAAAUAAUUAUGAGAGUCAUGGUCAGAGUUUGUAAAAAGCUACAGUCAUUGUUUAGUGAUGAAUAACUGAUAGACAGCAAAGACAGCGCAAUACCAGUGAUGAUGGUAUGCACAGGGCUAAAAACCAGACGGACCAAUGACAAUGCGUUGUAUUGAGUGGAAAUUGUGUUUAGUCCUUUCUGCAUGUGCUUUUGCACUCUCAUUUGAUGUCACGUUAUGUUUUUGGUAAAUCCGCCUAAUAACAUUAUUGUCAAACCUGUGUGAUGUAUUAUCCUACAGUAAUGUCCAACAGACUGCUCAAUUUUCAGGUGCAUCAAAUAACUGAUGUGACUUAAACUUGAAUCCUAAUCCUACAUACAGUUCUUGAUGGUCCCGACACGAGAUCACCUCGGACCACCGGGUAUCGCGGGUUGAAAACGAGAACCCGCUGAUCUUUUAGUUUCUAGAAAGUAUGUUUAUUAUACGACUCGUGAGAUCUAAAAUGUCCAAGUGUCGUCUGGGCUCUCUUCAAUUUUCCAUAGAGCAAAGCCUUGUACUACCUUCAUUCCAAGCCACACCUGCAAAUUAAACGGUCACCUAACAGAUUCCUUUUGAUCCCUCAGCUUCCUCAGCUAGGGUCUCUGAGACUGUCUUCUGCCCUUGCCCUUGCAGUGCUGUCAACUCUCCCGGAUAAUCUGGGAGACUCCAGAUUUUGGACCGUAUCUGCCAGUCUCCAGAUUAGAGCAUGAAAUCUCCCGGAUUGCCAUUUCUUCAUGUCAGUAGACCUGGCUUUCCGACAGUAUUAAAAAUUUCGACUAUUUUGCUUUGUUUGAGCUAAUUUAAUCAUAAACUCCACUACGCCGUUGUAACUUUAUAGUAAUGUGAUUGGUGGGAAGUAAACCAAUCAGGUCAAAUGUUAUUAUGCCAACAACAUCUUUUUCGCGUGUUUUGUGUCACCGCAAAUUUUGUAAUCGGAGUCAACAAGUAUUUUUUGCACAUAUGACAUCAUGUGCCGUGCGUUAUGAUGUCAUCUGUUAUCCCCUUCCUUAGUUCCCUAUCAAUUCUCAAUAUUUGAAGACAUGGGGGUUGACAGCCCUGCAUUGGUUAAUUUUCCCCACAAUAAUCACUUGUAAUAGUCUCUCUAUAACAGGAGGGAAAACAAUACAUGUAAAUAAAUUGUAUGACUAACUUUUUGUAGUAUGAUAGUUGAACUGCAUUGUUUCAGAGGGAUGCACGGUAAAUAUUUUGAUGGUGAUUCAUGUUUCUUUCUGUUACAAUUUGUCGCGUGAAUGCAAGUCAGUGUUAAAUGUUUUAAUAAUUUCGCAAAUAAAGUUCAUUAAUUCUUUCAGUUCACUAAAUGAAAAUGUUUUGAUUCUUUAGUUUGUGGCAUGUUCUUGGAGGCUUUGUCACAGAGUAGGUGUUGACUCUAUGAAUGCUCUUUUCAGACCAUCCACCCUGGCUGCGGUAUCUUGUUGUGAGUCAUCUAAGAUGUCCUCUUCAUCGCCAGUGGCGGAGAACUGGUGUUACACUCAAAUCAAAGUCAUUAAGUUCUCCUACAUGUGGACAAUAAAUAACUUCAGCUUCUGCCGAGAAGAGAUGGGGGAAACAUUAAAAAGUUCCACAUUUUCUGCUGGUGCUAAUGACAAGAUGAAGUGGUAGGUAUUGUUUUUGUACAUGUACAUGCCUUGCAUUUAUGGGUCCAGCUACACUCAGUGUAUAACUUGACUGUGGAAACAUUUCUACUGAUGUUUAAAGGGUUUCAUUCAUUGUUUGUCUCACAAUUGUCACUUAGAUAUUCAUCGCUACAUUUUGACCGCCUACUACAGGUCUUCAUCAGGCAAUAGUGUCAUUUUUGAUGGUGUUACUGUCAUGUACACUGUAUGUAAUAUUGAUGUGUCCUAGAAAAUGAGUGUUCAAAUUUUCCCCCCUCCACUUCCUCGGUUUGCCCCGAAUAGUGACCACCUCUUUGCAACAGCUACUAGCGCACCUCUCUCUCCAAGGUGGGUGUGCAGGAAAGUUGGAGAUAUUAUGUACAGUAGAUGGAUCUAGAACAACAUUUACAGCUAACAACAAAUAUCAAUAACAUCUGUACCAUGUGGUCAAGUUUUUCCUUUACCAGUCUUGUACUGCUCAUUAUAUCUACAAAAAAUAUCAGUUUCACCCUAGUUUUAUCCAUAAGAAUUUUUAUGGUUUGCACAGUUUUUAUCUCUUCAUUUUCUGUUUUGGAGAAAUGGUCAACUUGAAUUUAAUGUUUGCCAAAAACAUGAUUGUAAAUCUCUUUAAUGAUUCUGAUCUAGACCCUGUCUUGAAAUUGGACCUUUACACAUGUAAAAGGAAUUAGCAUUUCUGAAUCUGUGACACUUUUUAUUUUGCCACAUGUGUAGGUGCCUUAGAGUAAAUCCAAGAGGCUUAGAUGAAGAAAGCAAAGAUUAUUUAUCACUAUAUCUACUAUUGCUUGCUUGUAACAAGAGUGAAGUCAGAGCAAAAUUCAAAUUUUCAAUCCUUAAUGCUAACAGAGAAGAAACUAAAGCUAUGGGUAUGUACUUUGUAUGUGUAUUAACAUUUUUCAUUUUAGUUUUGUCAUCUCAUUUGCAUGAAUCCAUUCCAUCAUGAGUCUAGAAAAGUGUUAAAGGUGCAGUUUCACUGCGAUAUUCAUAUGGGUAUCAAUUUUUUUGCAAACAAGUUUUUCAUCCUAACUUGUGUUAGUACAUGUUGUUUCUUAAUUCUUGGUGUUGCAGAUGGCUGCAAACACCAAAUGAUGUAAUACAGCAGAUUGAAAAGACACUCAGAAUGAUACCCAAACCACAAAACAAUAGCUAUCCAACAAUGGUUUCCACAAUACCAAGAAACACCUCUUGUGUUUUCCAUGAUUAAGAUAUUUUAUUAAGAUUGAAUAUGCCUACAGAAGAGGGGCUGGAAAAGUAUACAUCUACAUUCUUCUUACAGCUCUCCAAGAAUCAGACAUCUUUGUCCAACAAUUCAAAGGGGACAGACAGCAAAUUGUUGUUGCUCAAAAUGUCUAUUUGUCAUUGAUAACUGUUCAUCAGUUACGACAGUGACAGUGACAGAUUGACUUGAUGGUUAUGUAUGUCUAGUGUGAGGUGUGCAAUAUUAUAACAGUCUGCAUUUUCUCAAAAGGUGCUUUGAAAUGUGGUGGGUAUUUGUACACUGUAGACAAAAUGCAGUUUAUACAAAGUGUGAACUUAGAUAUUUAUUAUUGUAAGCCCUAUGAAAGGGAGGUACAUGUGAAAUUUCCCUGGCAGUGUGUUUGCUGUGGUUCAAUUUUAUCCUUGGCUUAAAUUUUAUUUUCUUUUGUUUUUGGGUAUGGCAAUGUAUGAUCAUGACAUGAUAACAGUUUUGAAACGAAAGAAAAUAAAAUUUAAACCAAGGAUAAAAUCAAACCACAACAUAUACAUAUGUUCAAAAUAGUAGAUGUUAUUAAAGAUACUACUUGCUUGUAAUCAACACUGUCAAAUUCAUAACACACACUAUUUAUGACAUGUCUAAAAUUAAAUUCUUCUGCUUUCUCAGAGAGCCAAAGGGCUUAUAGAUUUGUACAAGGAAAAGACUGGGGAUUUAAAAAGUUUAUAAGAAGAGACUUUCUCAUGGAUGAAGCUAAUGGUUUAUUACCCAAUGACACACUCACUCUGUUUUGUGAGGUAAGGCAUCAUGAACAUGAUACAUGUACAUGCACAACCUGCCAUAAAGCACUCAUUAUCUAGGAUAGAAAACUUAUGGUUUGAUUAAAAUUACUAUAUUUGAAUAGGGUAAAUGCAAGUCAUCAUCAUCAUCAUCACAAUUAGGUUGGUAAAAGCCAGUUAGGCAACACACCAACCACUCACAAAAUUUGAAAGUAAAAUUUACAUGCAAUAAAUAGAUUAAAAUUAAUUUAAAAAAAGAGAAGUUGACUGUGAUAGUAAUGAUUGAAGUGCUAGACAAUUUUUUUGUAACAGUAUGUCUGGUGGUGAUUAGAAGCUGAACACUAGAGUGUUUGUUUUCAACAAGAAGAUACAAUCUUUAAUUCAGGGAGUUCAGAUUGGUAUGUCUAGCCUAUAUAUUAAGGCAGUGAUUUUAAGGCUCUAGAUUGAUCACCAUAGUGAUCUAGAAUCGCAGGCCAGCUUUGUAAAAAGGAACUCUGAACCUCCUCUGUUGUCACAUUUACAUUUACCCAUAUGCCCUUCUGAUGCAGGGCUUAAAUGUGUGUUUUUAAGAGUGAAUCCUCCUUUUUUACUUUCAAUAAAAAUUCAAUGUAUAAGUUUUAGUCACAUCACAGGGCUGCCAGGAAGAUUUCGCAUAUCUGGCUGUACGCAAUAAAUUGAACACCUCACUCCCACACUGGAGUGUUUACUAUUAUUGAAAGUUGUCUAGUCUGCAAAAAAGUAGGUUUUUUUCUCAAAAUCAGUUUAGCAUACACGGUGUUCAUUAGGCACCAUAGAUUGGAGAAUUCUCUGUUUACGAUGCAGAAUUCUCUGGCUAACCUUUGGUAUUCUGUGACUAUUUUCUAUUCAGAUGUGGAGCCCCUUUCAAAAUAAUCUCUUGUAAGGUUAUACCUUCCUCCUGCUAGCAGAAUUCUUAAUGAAAAGCCUGAACAUAGCAUAAGAAUAGCGUUAGGGUCCCCCAUGCACAAAGUGAAACUUGCUCUCUGUUUGCAGCCUUGCUCCAGACCUUUUGCUUGACUGUUUGCGCAUACUUGAAUACGCAGGAAUACGGACUGUUUUGCAGUCUAAAAGGUUGCCAGGGGUCAUGCUCAUAGCAGCUGGGGGAAAUCCCCAGCUCCCAGCCCUUAGUAACAGCCCUUAUACCAGAUUAUUUUCAGUAGUUUUGAUGUGUUUUUGUAAUAAUGAAAAAUGGUGGUACUGCAUAUGUCUGACAUUUGUGCUACGUUAUUUCAGGUCAGCGUUGAAGGUGAUUCAGUUAAUGUAUCAGGUUCUUCUCAUACUGCUGCACUUAAGGUUCCUGAAUGCAAGCUUUCAAGACACAUGGGAUCUCUUUUAGACUCUGGCACCUUUAGUGAUGUUACAUUAUGCACAAGGGGCCGAGAAUUUAAGGCUCAUAAAGCUAUAUUAUCUGCACGCUCCCCUGUUUUUGGAGCCAUGUUUGAACAUGAAAUGGAAGAAAGUAGAAAAGGUCGUGUGGAGAUAAGUGACAUAGAUCCUGAUGUGUUUCAUGAAAUGCUAAAGUUUGUUUACACUGGUAGCACACCACAACUUCAAGGAAUGGCAGAUGAUCUUCUAGCUGCUGCAGACAAGGUUGGGUCUUUAAAAAAUCAGAAGUUUUAGUUUCUCGACCUGCAUAUCUAUACUGGCACAGAUUAUGUCUAGCACAAUAACCAAACAAUACACCUGUACAAUUCCCAUCAAGACUUAAUUGUUUGCUUCUCUUGUUUCUUAUAUGUUAGACGUGUUUUGUACUGCCGGCUACACUGUACAUGAAGAAAAAACUUGAGUCAUUGUUGUCAGUCAUUAAUCUUUGCUGCUCGUAAAAACACACAAAGGACACUAUUUUGGCUGGACAAAACCAAAAAUGUGGUUGGACUCAAUCAAGGAAGCAUUUAAAGUGCAUUUUAGACAAAACGUUAACAAGUGCUACUCCCCACCCCCAAGUUAGUGCCUCAGUGGCAAUAAAAUCAAAAUCAGAUGUUAAUUCUGUUAAUUUAAUACAAAAAUAACAAUACUGUAGUUAUAACAAUUCUUUCAACUAAACACCACUCUUAAGUGAGCCCCAUCCUCAGAUAAGGGCUUAUGAUUUAUGGUUUGUAGAAUUAGCAGGUACAGCUGCAGACUGACAACUUCAGUCUCUAAUUAUAUUCACUGCAAUAAUGUUAUGUCAGUGUUAAUAAUGAUUCAUAUCAUCUCAAGCUAGAUGUCAAAGUUAGUAGCACUGCUAUGGUUGUUAGUGAUUGUGUACAUGUAUAUGUUUUGUUUAAAUUUUAUCCUUGGUUCAAAUUUUAUUUUCCUUUUUUUACAAACUCAUCAUUUGUUUCACCAUACACAAUAAACAAAGAAAAAUAAAAUUUGAACCAAGGACAAAAUUGAACCGUAACAUAUACAGUAUGCCGUGGUUAAUUUUUGUUUUCCUUUUGUCUUUGGGUAUGGUAAUGUAUGCUAAUGAAGUUGAAACAAAAGCAAAAAUAAAAAUUACUUGAAAUAAAAAAAUUAACUACAACAUAAAAGUUACACAUUUCAAUCCUACUCAUGGUUGCUGGAGUUUGAUCCUUAUUCUUGAUGCUAGAAACUACCAGAAAGUAUGAGUACUGUGUGUCAAAAAAGUAGUAUUGCUUUACUAGCAGAAUGUUGAAGUUGUAACAUGUACAGGAUUGACUAUUAAAUGGGGAGGGGGAGGGGGUUAAAAUUUAAUGUGUUCUGGACUAUGCUUUAAUUAGGGUGCCUGAGAGUAAUCAGAUUACUGGUUGUGGUAGGUUUAUUCAGGGGCAUACUUGGCACAGGUGUCGUACUCUGUGUAUGCAGUACAUUGUAUGUUUCUUGGAUUUAUGCUUGUGCUACAUUUGUAAACCAGCGUGGCUAGUACAAAUCACACUAAAAUUUGCUAGUGGUCUUAAGACAUGAAAAACACUAUAGUGUCUCAGUUUUCAAUAAUUUACUUGAACCUUUACAUGUGUUCCUUUUUUGCAGUAUGACUUGGACAGAUUAAAAGUUAUGUGUGAGGAAGCAUUAUGUUCAAAUUUAACAGUAGACAAUGUGUGUGACGUACUUAUACUAGCUGACAUGCACAGUGCAACUCAACUAAAGACCCAGGCUCUGGACUACAUUAACAGGUUAGAAUAGCUGUUACAGACCUCUUCUGCAAGAUUUUACUUGUUUGUCACCAAAACUGGGUGUGGAAUUUUAGGCCUUCCAGUUGUCAGAAAUGAUGAGAUUUAAAUACAUGUAGAAACAACCAAUUUUCAGAAUGUGGUUGCUCAGUGGAUGACCAUAAUUCAAGCUGCCAGCCUCUUGCAGUUAUGGACAGUUGUUAGCCCCCAAAAUUGUAAUCUUAGGUUGAAAUUUCUGCAUAUGAAAUGGUACAGUUUAACCCCUUUAAGUCCCGAGAGUGACCAAAAUUAAUUUGCUCCUCACAAUAUCAGUACAUUAUCAAAAGAGAAGGUUAUGAGAUUUAAUAAAAUGAUCACCUCAGAGAAAAUACCUUGAUCUUUUAUCAAAUUCUCUCAACUAAUUCUUUAAGGAAUUGUAUGGGGAUCAGUUUGGAGAAUUUCUAAAUGGAUAUAAUUAUUUGGGGCUCAAAGGGUUGAUAAAUAGUCCAUUUGUUAAAUGAUUUAGAAGAGUGAUAGGAGAUUCAGUGCCAGAAACUUAGCCUUGGAGGCCCAACCAAACUCUUGGCUUUAAAAAUUUCAGUCGUGAUGGAAAACCUGCCAAGCAUGACUUUCAUUGUAUGGUGACCAGAAAUCACCUUGGGUGCCUUACUGCCUAGAUUCGAAAAGAUGUUUGUCCAAUGGAUAACCUACUCAAAAGUAAUUUUCAGACAAAAAACUAAAAAAAAAACAACUGCAAAACUGGAGUGAUCCAACUUUUAGCACAGCUCACCAUUAAUGCAAAGUGUGGUUUCAGAAAAAUAUUGUUCAUAGCCCCACCACCAAAGGAAAUUUCAUUCAUAGCAUCUGAAAAUCAGGCUGUUUAUGUUUUUAUUUCCGUAGUCGAACAACAGAUGUCAUGGAAUCAAAUGGAUGGAAAACACUUGUAAGGGAUCACCCUCACUUAAUAGAUCAAGUUUUCAAGGCAUUUCUAGCUUCAACACAGACUCCCUUAAUAGGACCUCCAAGAAAAAGGCAAAAGACAUCAUAAGUUGUGUCACAACAUCUUAAUAAUUAAUGUAAAAAAAUUAUAUAGAAAAUGGUAUAUAUUAUUUUUCCGUAGUGGAGCAAUCAGUCUUUUCCUUUGAAGGUUUUCUUGUAAGGUUUCAGGGGGAAGGUACUAUCUUAAAUGUGUGUCGUAUUUCUUUGAGAGUUAAAAAUGUAGGUAAAUUGUCUCUUUCUUCCUAUCCUUUUUUUCCGUAAUCAUUCGUACAUCCAUAUUCUAUUAUUCUUUACGUACAGAAUCGUUCUUCUUUUACUUUGCCAUUAUUCCAAAACAUUGACCCCUCAUUAUGUUACCUUUUUAAACCAGCAAAAACAUGGUAGACCACAGCAUAAUUUUACCAUCCACUUUUUUGAAAUAAGUAUAGAUCUAGAUAUUCUGAUGAAAACACUCCACAUUUGCCACUCUCCUGUAAAUUUUAUUGUCUCUUCCCUGUUUCUCCUAUCUCCUCUGUUCGUCAUGCUGUUUCCCUGUUCCACUGAUUGCUGCUUUUCAUUUUCAUGCCUUGCACAUACUCCUUUAUGUUGGUUCUGCGAUCUAUUGUGUCAGUGUUCUUCAUUUCCAUUCAGUCAUUUCACUCUUUCAUUCAACUUGCUCUCACUUUCCCCCUUUGGCUCCCUUCCUAAUGCCUUACUUUUGAGAUGAAAAGGAAAUGACUGAUUGUUCCAUAUCCGGGGGAGGGGGACUCCGCAUAUGAAAGGGGUGGGGAUGCUCGUCGUCUCGCUUAGGGGUGUAAAUUUCAGAUUUUGGUCUCAUUUAGGGUGUUCUGGGCAAAACGCCAUCACAUUUAGCCGUGAAGGUCUCGUUUAGGGUUGCACGCGAAAAAAUAUAAAAAUAUAUAUUUGAUAUGUAUAUUUUUAAUUCGUUUUAUUCACUCCAUUCAUAUAAUCCAAUCUCAUUUGUCUGUCAUUUGUUUGUCAUGGUCUCUUUUAGGGGUCAAAAAAGCUUGGGCCACGCCCAGAUCGGUCUCCUUUAGGGGUUUAAUUCAAAAUUUCCAAAGAGCAUCCCCACCCCUUUCAUAUGCGGAGU